UUCCAAAUAUAAACCUGAGGCUUUGGAUAAAAUUGUAAUAUUUAAAAUUGUUCAUAAAACUCGCGACUGACUGCCUUUGAUCGUUUUCUCACGGCACUUUUGUGAUUGCUGCUAUGUGAAACGUGUUCCCGAUGCAAAAUAAACGUUUGUCGUUAAAAACUACAAAUCCCAGGGUUCACGGUGGUGACUUCCCCCACGCUCGCGACCAACAUUUUUGUUUGUGUAACAUUUUGUGUUCUGCUGUGAGAACGACGACGACAACGAGGAGGAUGGAAAUAGAAAAUGCUCAGCCGUAUUUCUGGGGAGACAUUGGCUGCUGGUCGGAGAGAACAGAGGUGCACAAGGCUGCCUCACUGGGUCAGACUGCCCAACUGCAAUGCCUCAUCCAGAGCGGUGCUUCAGUGAACAUCGUGGCUGUGGACUCCAUCACUCCGCUGCACGAGGCCUGUAUCCAAGGUCAGGUCCAGUGUGUCCAACUGCUCCUCGACGUUGGGGCCCAGGUGGAUGCGAGGAACGUGGACGGGAGCACCCCGCUGUGUGAAGCCUGUUCAGUUGGCAGUUUGGAUUGUGUGAGGCUGUUGCUGAAGCACGGUGCCAAAGCAAAUCCUGCCCUCACCUCUCGCACAGCUUCACCCCUCCACGAGGCCUGCAUGGGUGGACACUUGGACUGUGUGAAGCUCCUGAUUGCAGUGGGUGCCGGUCUGGAGGCGUAUGACCUUUACUACGGGACCCCGCUGCAUGUGGCUUGUGCUUCUAAACACACAGAAUGUGUUAAAGUGCUGCUGAAUGCAGGUGCUAAAGUGAACGCUACCAGGUUACUCGAGACUCCGCUGCAUCAUGCUGCUAAAAACAUGCAAGAAGAUAUGAUUGAGAUGUUGGUGGAGUUUGGAGCCAACAUAUAUGCCAGAGAUCAGUGCAACAGGAAACCUGUGGACUACACCAACCCAGGCUCUCCCUCUGCAGCCUGCUUGCACUUUUAUGAGAGCACUCCCAUGAGCCUGCAGCAGCUCAGCAGGUUGGCUGUACGGAAUACCUUGGGCACCAAGGCUCUGAAGGUCAUAGGACAACUAGGCAUACCAAAGUUCAUCAUCAGCUACCUCAGCUACCAGAGAGCAUCCCCUCAGGAGGCUGAAAGACUGGAAAAUCACUGACCUGCAGCACAAUUCUCAGAAAUAUCACAACAAAGGUGCACUUACAACUUACACUCUGGAUAACAGUCAAGACACUUUGUAGUGACAAAUCUGUUCUUCUCACCUGCUUCUCUUUGCGGCUGCACCAAAGUGGGGACCGAGACACUGAGGUGCUGUUUAUUUAUUAUGUUUGGCUCCAUGGAAUUGUUUGUUUACAUUCACUUGCACCAUGGUAGUGUAGAUGUAGCCAAGAGAAAGUCAAGGGCUCUCUGUAUCUGAGGACUUCCUUAGCCUGUCAGGACUUCAUUUGGAGACCACCGAGACGGGUACUAUAGAAUCUACGCGCAAUAAGUCAAAUAUAUAUCUUAGCAGUUGUUGGAUACAGUUGGGUUCAGUGGGUUUAAGGCAUAUUAUGGAGCUUGCAUUCAAGCUAUAGUUGCAUCCACCACCUUGUGGAACUGCUUUGGGCUCCACCAUUAAAGCAAACAGAUACAUGCUUGUGUGUGCAUGCAGCAGACAAGCUAAAUGUAAAUGCAGCACUUGUGCCAAAUUUCUACCAUCCACCAACCAGUCAGUAGGUGGCAUGGAAGUCUAUAUGAUAUUAUAUAGGCAAAACAAAGUUACUUUUUCGAUUGAUCUGGGCAGUCAAAGCUCACCAGAUUUCAAACAGUUUGUUCAUUACUUGCCCUUUUAAUUUGUAGAUGCACAAAAUGAUGGCAGUGUUUUUCAGUUAUCAUGU